AUGGCGAUCCGCAAGUUCGACUUGGAAGCCAAGCUCAAGGAUGACAACCAGCUUAUCCGCACAGGGGUGCUUCGCAACGACCACCCCCUCGAUUCAUCCCCGGAGUUUCGGGAGUUUCUCCAAGCCUGCCGUAGGGGCGAUCUGAAGCGCUGCCAGGAACUUAUAUCAGCAGGCGUGAACAUAAACUCAAAAGACGAGUUCGAUUAUACCCCACUCGUUCUCGCUAGUCUGUGUGGGCAUUACGAGUUGGUCCAGUUACUCCUAGAAUCAGGAGCUCUGGCCGAUCCGGAUUCGUUUGAGAGGGAACGGGCGGUUUACAACGCGCUCAACAACAAGAUCAGAAACCUACUUCUGUCUUAUGACUACUCCAAAACGGCCGACCCCUUGCAGCCAUGGUCUUCACACAUCACAUCACUCCUUGUCCGUGACACACCUCCCACGUCCGACAUCACCCUCUCGGCCCCAGCACAGGACUUCCACCUGCACAAAUUCCUUCUCUCCGCCAGGUCACCCUAUUUCAUGCGCAAGUUCGCCGAUGCCCCUGAGACAGUCACAUGGAAAGUGCCUCACGCUAUUCCCGUCGAAGCCUUUCGCGUCGUACUGCGCUACCUUUACCUCGGCGACCUUCCCCGCGACUUUGUCGGCCCUGGGAGCACCGUCACCGAGGAAGAAGUUUUUCGAGGCAUUGACAAGCUGUGCAAGCAGCUUGAGCUUGAUAAAUUGUGGGAGUCCGUAUUAUCCAUCAACGACCGCCGACUGGCAAGGCAGCGCCAACAGGAUGAGGUCCAGCGCGCCCAGGGCCAAGUGGAGGCUUUCUUCCGCAACACGGUGCUUAAGCACAAGAUUGAGAUCGACACGCGGAAAGCCGGCGAUGUCAAGUGGCCCCGUCACAAUGCCAUCUUUGCCGACUGCCUCCUUCGGGCGGACGACCAACAAGACGACGACGACGGAGCCGACACCGAAACGGCUGCAGAUGGAAGCGCCAUUCCGAUAGGGCCGACAACAGACACCGCGACCCGAAACGGCCUCAGCAAACAACGCUUACGCCGCUCGGUCCUGUUCCCGGCUCACAAACCCUUCUUGAUUCGCAGCCCCUACUUCGAGACGAUGUUCUCCUCUGACUUCGUUGAAGCCCGGAACGACACGGAGCACCUGCACAUCAUCAAAGUGGACUGCAGUCCAGCUGUCCUAGAGAUCAUCCUCCGUUUCCUCUACACCGAGAACGCCGACUGCCAGCUCGAGCACGCCCUCGACCUUCUCUACACGGCCGACAUGCUCUUACUCGACAAACUCAAAGCCAAAGCGGCCAUCACCAUCUCCACCCUCGGCAGCGGCACCAACAACACACUGGUGGAUCGCACCCACAACAGCCACCCCAACAACGACAACAACAACCACACGUCAGCGCAAGAAACACCUCCGUCAGACGGCAGCCCCGACACGGAACAGGUAGCAGAGAUGGAACCCAUCAAUGUCUACGACGUGAUCCACGCCGCCUGGGACCUCAAGGUCCAGCGGCUCGAGGAGUUCGCCGCGCGGUACCUGGCCAGCCGGCUCGAGGAUUACGUUGACGAAGACGAGUUUGCCGAGCUGAUUCGGGAAAGCGCGGCGCGGCUCAAGGAACGGCAGGAGACAGAUACCAUCGAGCUGCUGGAUGAUAUCCGGUAUUACCUCUCGGAGCGGUUCCGACUUCGGUUUGAGGGUGAUGGGUUGGAAGAGAUGUUGGAUGAUGAGGGAGGCGAUACCGUGGAUGCGGAGCGCGCCCCGGGAGGGCCGGUGGCUUAUCCGAAGGAUGUGGAAGUGGGGGCUGAAGCUGAUGGAGGCGGUGGUUUGAGGACGCUGAACGGGGAUGUCGUCGAAGAUGAGUUUGUGUCGGAUGCGGUGAAUUAUCAGAUUCUGUUGGAGAAGAUUGAUAGGGUGUUGGAGAGGCUGAAGCUGGAUGCUUAG